AUGUUCCGCUAUCUUGCUGUUAUCAACCAGAAGAGUAUCUCUUCAAUUCUAAAGUGUGCUUCUGGAGGCUUCUCGUCGGCUCCCAAGGGUCACGUUAUUGGUAUUGACCUUGGGACGACUAACUCAUGCGUUGCCGUGAUGGAAGGGAAAACGCCGAAAAUUCUGGAAAAUGCUGAGGGUGCCCGCACCACACCCUCUGUUGUUGCAUUUACAUCCGAGGGUGAAAGGUUGGUUGGUGCUCCAGCCAAGCGUCAGGCUGUAACAAAUUCCAAAAAUACUCUUUACGCCACCAAACGUCUGAUUGGUCGCCGGUACGAUGAUCCAGAGGUACAAAAAGAAAAGAAGAACGCCUCAUUCUCCAUUAUCAGGGCAUCGAAUGGCGAUGCUUGGGUUGAGGCUCAAGGGAAGGCGUAUUCACCUAGUCAAGUCGGUGCAUUUGUUUUGAUGAAGAUGAAGGAGACUGCUGAGAAUUACCUGGGUUCAAAGGUUAAUAAUGCGGUCAUCACUGUUCCCGCGUAUUUCAAUGAUUCCCAGCGUCAGGCCACCAAGGACGCUGGUCAAAUUGCUGGGUUAAAUGUUCUUCGUGUCAUAAAUGAGCCAACUGCGGCUGCUCUUGCUUAUGGCCUGGAUCGUGUCGAGGAUAAGACGAUUGCGGUUUAUGAUUUAGGUGGUGGUACAUUUGAUAUUUCACUCUUGGAAAUCCAAAAAGGUGUUUUUGAAGUCAAGUCGACUAACGGUGAUACCUUCCUCGGCGGUGAGGAUUUCGACCAGGUUCUCCUCAAUUAUCUCGUUGGCGAAUUUAAGAAGGAGCAAGGAAUUGAUGUCACUAAGGAUCCGAUGGCUCUGCAACGCGUUAGGGAGGCGGCUGAGAAGGCCAAGGUCGAGUUGUCAUCUUCCCUUCAAACUGAUAUCAACCUGCCUUAUCUUACUAUGGAUCACACCGGUCCCAAGCAUAUGAACGUUAAGCUGUCGCGUUCCAAAUUUGAAUCUCUCGUCGAGUCCCUCAUUAAAAGGACGGUUGGUCCGUGCGAAAAGGCCAUGAAGGAUGCUGGCGUCAAGGCCUCUGACGUUGGUGACGUAAUACUCGUCGGAGGCAUGUCUCGAAUGCCCAAAGUGCAGGAAACUGUUCGGAAAAUCUUUGGUAGGACUCCAAGCAAGAACGUGAACCCUGACGAGGCGGUCGCCCUGGGUGCUGCCAUUCAGGGUGGUGUAUUGGCUGGUGAUGUCACUGACGUGCUGCUUCUCGACGUGACUCCUCUUUCUCUUGGCAUCGAAACACUGGGUGGUGUUUUUACCAAACUUAUUAACCGUAACACAACGAUCCCAACAAAGAAAUCUCAGGUUUUUUCAACAGCUGCUGAUGGUCAGACUCAGGUAGAGAUCAAAGUCUUCCAGGGUGAGCGGGAGAUGGCUGCCGACAACAAGUUGCUGGGUCGCUUCUCUCUCGUCGGUAUUCCUCCUGCUCCACGUGGUGUGCCACAGAUCGAAGUUACUUUCGAUAUCGACGCAAACGGGAUUGUUAACGUAUCGGCAAGGGACAAAGGUACCGGCAAAGAGCAGCAAAUUGUGAUCCAAUCCAGCGGCGGUUUGAGUAAGGAUGAGAUAGAGAACAUGGUUCGAAAUGCUGAACAGUAUGCUGCUGCUGAUAAAGAGCGUCGUGAUCUGGUUGAAGCCAUCAAUCAUGCUGAGAGUAUCGCUCAUGACACUGAAAGCAAGAUGGAGGAGUACAAGGACCAUUUACCUCAAGAGGAGCGUGAUAAACUAGCCAAGUUAAUUGCUGAUCUACGCGGAACUCUCAGUAAUAAGGAUAGCCUAACGGUUGAUGCACUGAAGAAGGCCACGGACGAGUUGCAACAGUCGUCUUUGAAGCUUUUUGAGAUAGCAUACAAAAAGAUGGCUGACAGUCGCUCGAGUAGCAGUGACAGUAAGGAGAAGGAUCAGCAGUAG